AUGAGCGCUGCCAUAUUGUUAAAGGCAUUACCUCCCAUCUGGGUUUUCUCUAAGCAUCUCAGAGAGGGCAACACCGAUGCUGAUUCCACCAAAAAACAAGACAGUAAAGAUUUACUUCCGCAGAUUGCUAUGCCUACAGCAAAAACUGUAGACAAAACGUCAUCAACAUCGUCUGAAAGUGACAGUGAGCCUCAAUCUGACCUGUUGGGACUGAUACAGAUUCUAGUCCUUGUGUUUGGAGAGGAGCCACCAGUAUAUUCCAAGCAGUCACAGAUGACUCAGUCAUCAUCCCCUAACAGCUAUCCUGGGACCGGUAAAUAUCCUGGUGUAUCACGCCAAUGUAUCGACCCCGGGUCCGCAGCACAGGCACCAAUACAUAUUCAUGGCUACAAUUUGGACAUCUUCUUCCAAACCAUGGAACGGUUCGAGCUUGACGACAUAAUGAAUACAUUGAUAGAACAUGGCGUCGUUUGCGUGGAGACGUUUUGUUCCAUGACUGAAUCCGACUUCAAAGAGAUGGGACUUAACAUAGGUCAGAGAAGGAAAUGUAUCUUAGCUGCAGAGCACAUCAAAAAUUAUGGCCGAAAUGGAUAAAAUAUUUUAAUUCAAGAAACUAACUUCUCUCAUAAUCUAUAUAUUUUGAUUUUUUAUAAAAAUGUCUCAUCAAUAGUUUAAGUUGUUCGAAUUCAUGUAGAUGUGUUAUGAUCUCCAAUAUUAAUAUUUAGAAAAUGGAACUCUCUUGGAAAUAAUUUAUUUUAUAUAUAAUAGUAUAUUAAUUUGGUCAAAUGCAAACUUAUGAAAUAACUUGAAUCUUCAACGAUUUGCUGUAUUGUUUUCUUAAAUGGGAAACCUGUACUAUGGAGUUAGGUAUUUAGUAGGACUAUGUGAUAAUAAAACACU